CGGCUUCCAGUUGGGACGUCGCGACGCUCGUGGGACAUACACGCGAGACAAAAAGCUCCCACUGAUCGCCUCAGGAGAAGUGCAAAGAAACAUUACAUCUCAGUUUGUUUGUGCGUGUGUUAGAAGCGCGCAGUUUGUCGGAUCGUUUCCGCGAGGAUAUCUUACAACACAAAUCGCCAGCGAUAAAAAACAAAUAUUAACUGAGUCACGGAUUUACAUCGAUCGACUACUGCGUCUCUGCUGCUCAACCUACAAAUUUUACCUCAAAACACAGAUCUCAAGAAUAGAAUAGUACUGCUACAGAAUAUUUUAAGGGAUUGCUAAAUUGAUUACGCAAACAAAGCCUUUGCAAUGUUAACAAUAACAUCGGAGUAAACUAGGCUGUGAGGAUAUCGUGAAACUUUUAUCUCUCACACGGUGCUCCGAUUUCAGAAUUUAAAAUAGAACAAUACCGUUCUAGAUUGCCUCAAGACACUGCCAAUUACCAAGCUCGGUAACACAAGCAAGAAUCUACAUGUCAAAAAUAGCGUUCGAGUCGAAGUAAACUUACGGUCAUUUUAUAUCUCAGAUUUUAAGAUUCAAGAUAGUAACAUUUUGCGCCCCUCUGGAUCUCGUGUGGAAUUGAGGAAAACAUAAGCACGAAUUUUACAGCGAUAAUAUUAAAGAUUGUAAAUAUCAUUUUGAACAGAAGAAUCUACAAUAAAUGUACUAGAUGAUGAUGUUGGUGGAAUAAAACGCGGCGGCUGUCUCUCUUAAAUCGCUCGUCGGAUUCUCGCAAAUGUUGGAUCAGCAUGGCGACGCGGGCAAUUAAUCAUCGUCAUUAUCCGAUCGCUGCAUCCGAGAGCCGAGAGAAAGGCGAUGCUGCUGACGAGGGAAUCAACGCUGCCGUUGACGCCAGACUGUCGUACCCUUGAUCCCGUGACGUCGUCGUCUCGGCGAACGGUUUAGCGCCUGUUGAGAUCGCGAAUAGAAGAUUUAUUAACUCGCAUCGUAUCGCGAAUAAUCGAACGGACGAUUUUAUAGAAGCGACGAGGUGUUACAAGCUUGAAGAAAAGAAUCCGUGAAUUAAAGGAAGCCGACCGAAACAGAAUAUCGCGCGCUAUCCUUGAAAUUUAAUCUUUUAUCCACGUUUUUGACGAUCAUUGUCAUUGACGACAUGUCUUCCAGAGUCAAGCAACAGAUUCGCAUAACGAUCUUCUUCCACGACGGCACCGUGGUGAUUUACAUCUGAAUCGACGACGUGGUGACGCAAAUAAAACCGAAGUGGGAACAGCGAGGACGAUCGCGGAGGAAAGAGAGAAGAUUCGUGAAAAUUCCAAAGAGCAAGGACGUCGAGAGAGAAAGGAAAGAAGAAACUUGGUCGGCGCGGCCAAGGAGAAGAGGAGGAAGAAAAGAAAUGAACGGAGGAAAGGCGAACGCCUCCCUUUGAAUCGCCACUUAGAAAACCUGGACUCGUCGUACUCGUCCGACGAUCGUCACAGGAUCUCCGGAAGAAUUCAAGAUUUCGGGAGUAGAAAAGCGUUCUCGUCGUAGCGCGAGAGAGAAAGAGAGAUAGAGAGCAAUAGAUUGACAAUAUGGAAACGAGAAAAGACCAUCGAUCGACAAUAGAGAUUUUCGAUAAGAACGAAGCGCGAUCGGACGAAAUGUCGAUCGCGUUGAUUCAUAAAGUGGGAGUCAGCGAUCUUUUGGCGAGACAGACGAUGGCCUGGUGUCGUCACUGGCUGCAAAAGUUUCCCAUAAGAAUGACGCUAAACAACGUCGGAUUGUUGACGGUGCUCUUGGCGAUAAUGUCGCCGCGAUCCCUAAUUUACACGCUCGUUUAUCCUAUUUUCAGAUUAGUUUUCGGCACCCUUUACCCGGCAUACGCUUCCUACAAGGCAGUGCGCACGAAGAAUGUCAAGGAAUACGUCAAAUGGAUGAUGUACUGGAUCGUGUUCGCGCUAUUCACAUGCGCGGAAACAUUUACCGAUGUCUUCUUUAGUUUUUGGUUCCCAUUUUACUAUGAGAUUAAAAUCAUCUUGGUACUAUGGCUGCUGAGCCCGGCUACUAAAGGCUCCAGCAUCCUUUACCGACGCUUCGUGCAUCCCGCGCUAAUUCGUCGUGAAGCCGAGAUCGACGAAGCCAUAGCACGCGCGACUGAACAGGGUUACACGGCGGUGUUGCAUCUUGGUACCAAGGGCGUAAACUAUGCCACCACGGUCCUUAUGCAGACUGCCAUCAAGGGUGGCGGCGGACUGGUGCAACAAUUGAGAAAAAGUUACAGCCUCAGUGAUCUAACCGGCGAAAAAGAGGAUGAAAAUAGAAAUACAGCCGAUGCGCGUGACGAGACAGACAUGGAAGUAGAACCUCGUCGAAGAGAGCAUACCGGUAGAAGAGGCUACAGCCCUCGCAGAACCCAGUCCAGCAGCAAUGCGUCUCGAGUAGACAUGUAUUUUUCCGAAGUAGAUGUCGACGUUCGACAACCAAGGCCUAGGGAACCCAUAGCUAGUUUAACAAAUAUAAGGUCUUCGGAAGACAUAUCUAGCGGUUACAGUAGUGGCGAGGCACUGCAGUCUCAGCGCAUUACUUCUCAAGUUGACACCUUAGUAAGAACAUCGAGCGUCGGCGCGAGAACGCGCGUGAAGCCUCGUUCCACCACGAAAAAGACACCAGAAGACAAGGGCGAGGAUUUCAACCACAUCGAUCUUCCAUCUCCUGAAAAUAUCUCCCUCCCGUCAUCCCUGAAUGUCCUCACUCCCGAACAAGCUAUCGAGCUUCUGCUAUUGUUUUCUCAGAAUAAGAAAUCGAAAGACUGUCCGAUGCUUGAAUCUAUUGCGACUUGUAUCAAUGAAUCCGUGAACGAAAAUCGAUCCGCGAUAAAAAUAGAAGAUAGCGAAUCGUCAUCGAUAGAGUCGAGUGGUGAAUUCGUAGACACGGACUCGGCUCAAGUAGAUUUACAUACGGUGCAAACCAUAGAAAUCGAGAACAUCUCGAUGGAAAAGCUAUCAAUACCUGCAAUAUCAGAAAGCAUAAAUAAAAUGAAUGUAGAUAACUCAAUAAAAGAACUUGAUUUUCAGCAAGAUGAAUCUCAAAUGCAAAUUAAUGAAGAUUCAAGAGAUCAGAUAGAUUCUUCCCAAAAUUCCGAUAUUAAUGCUGAUAUCGAACAAAGAACUAGCGAAAUAUGUCAACAAAAGUUCAGUGAAUUGAAGGAAUUGUUGAACGAUGCGCAUAACAUUGCGACAAGCAUCGUAUCUUCUCGAGAAAAAUUAACGAUUGACAAAGAUAAAGAACAUGAUGUAAAUGUACUAAGAAUGGAAGUUGAUGAUUCUUCGAGCAGAGAAUACGAUUCUACGAUCAAGCGACCUGUUACGCCGAUUUCAUCAAGUUGCAAUCUUGACGGUGAUAAUCGCGCAGGAAAAUAUCACAAAAAACCCGCGCCGAAAGCUCCAUUAGAUACUGAAUCAAUAACAAAUAAUGAAGACACCAACGAAAAUGAGUCUCAAAACGCCUUGAAGGCUACUUUAGUCAUUAAAACUGGAACCUUAAGAACUGUUUCAAAUGCGGACGCUACGAAAGAUAUUUUCUUGGCGCAUACAACAGAUUUGAAAAAGAGAAAGAAGAAAUCUAAUAGAUUACGCGCUAAGGAGAGUUUUUCCAAAUUAUUAACGAUCCCGAAAAACAUCUUUCACAACGCUUUCCAUAAGGAGCAAAACGAAACUUCUUCCAAGGAGGAUGAUUCUAGUUCCACGUUUUCCGAGACCAGCGAAUCAAUGUCGAGAUCGGGUAGUAUUGGAUCCCAGGUGUGCGUGGACGCAUCCGCAAAAUUAUCAACUUCGAGGCAGGAAAUAGAUGUGGAAGAGAUUCCACUGAGAGCGGAAUGUGAUAAUACUAAAAGUUUUUAUAAAGAUGCCAGUACUGUUGAAAAAUCGGAUACUCUUAUCGUACCACUGAAUGAAAAAGAUCUCAAUAAAAUUAAAAAUAAUAAGACUCAAGACGAUGCAAGAAAUAUAGAGAACUUUGAAAGUUAUGAAAAAAAUCUUGAAAAUAAAUCCAAUUUGGAGAUUCGUGAGAUGUCACAAUCGCUGCCUCACAAUAGCAAAACAGAGAUUAUCACCGAUAUUAUUUAAAAUUAUUUUGUGGAAAUUAUUUAAUCGCAAAAUUAUAUAUAUUUGCUUUUACUAGUAUUUUUAAGAUAUAAGACAAAAAAGCUUGAUUCUUCUCCUAUCCCAUUUUCCCAUAUUUCAUAAAUAUUUUAUCCUAAUUGGAAAUCCGGGCAGAAGAAAUGGACUGAUCCGUUAAGAUCAUUACGAGUUUCGCUACUUUGCCUCGCAGUAAGAAGACUAGUAAGAAAAAGGUGGCAUGAAACUUAUCUGCUGCUGACCGUAUUAAGGAAUAAGACCAAGUCUCUUUUCUAAUGGAAGCAAAAUAUCUUCAUCUGCGUGCGAAUCUAAUUUUGCACGGAGCCAAAUAUAACGGGCACAUGCUAUUGGUCAGCAGCCAUUAUCGAUUAGCCGAAACACGUGAUAUGUAUACAACUAAGUGUUUCUAGCACCGAUAUUUCUUAAUUUAAUUCUUUAAUCAUUGAUUUACAUUUUAUUAAUCGCGCGCGUUUUAAUAUUUAUUAUUCAAAGAGAAACUCAAUCUUUCUCUUAAAAUUAUUUGCAACGAGCUUGCUAUACGCGAGAGACAAAGAGAAAUUCUGGCGGUCUUAUCAUAUUUCCCUGGGAAACAUAUAUAAAUAUUAUUUGUAUCAAUCAUAUGUUACACCGUUGCUCACAGUCAUCCGAAAAUGUUAUUGCACAUUAAUAUCCCGAAUAAUUUCCUAUAUGUAUCCUAAACUCUCUCUGGAGAUAGCUUUUAUAUACUAACGUGCUGUUAUAGUAAGGAGAACUUGAUACAUAUUGCACGCAGUAUAUCUGCUUUAAGAGUAAGCUUUGAUUAUACGUAACGAAAAUUGUCAAACCUGCGGUGUAGCCGAAUGAUAUAAGAGUUCUCGUUAUCCAAACAGAGAAUCAACAGAACGUUAAUUCUUGGCAAAAUGACAAGCGUCACGUACAAUAAAGGAAACUCUAUCCUGCGAAACUAUGUAGAAUGACUUUGAUAUUGCAAAACGCUAUUGUAAUUCGAACAAACUUCGAGUCUAGUCAAUAGAAAAAUUUGAAUAGGAACUCAGGCCAUAACUGAAAUAGUGCCACGCGAUUCCCCCUUCCCUCUCCCCCCUCCCUUUGUAAUCUUCUUUUCGUUACUAGAUAGUAAUGUUUGAUGGAUUGUGUCUAAUUAUGAUUGGAUAUGUGCAGAGUAUCGUGUGAAUAUAAUUGAAUAGCUAUUCUCCCCUUUACGGAAACUGAAGUUCGAGAAAUCGCACGAGUUUCUUAAAAACUCUAGACAAUUAUGCGAUCCUGCUUAAGGACCAACAAUUUGUCUACUAAAUUGUGGCAAAUUGUUAAGGAUAUUGUUAAUAUUUCAUGACAUCGUUUUUUAGUUUUUGCACACUUCGAUGAUUCGAAGAUAGAAUACUAACAUGGACACUUUGAUAGCGAAUAUUAUUUGGCUGGCUAUAUAUAUUUUACAAUUUAUAUUCUCUCAUAUUCUCAAAUUACAGUUUUAUUGCUUUCAUAAUUUAAGAUAUAUCUUAUGUGUGCGAUUUACAGCUCACUUAAGUAUUUACCUUAAUUUUCGAUUAUAAUUAUGUUUUUUGUAUCAAUUUUCUUUCAUUACAGCGAACGAUUUUCGUACGCCAAUGAAAGACUUACGCACAAGUGCUAUUGAUAACUAUUUCGAAUUAAUUGUAUGUAUUAACAGAUUCUCAUAUAUAUAUAUAUAUAUAUAUAUAUAUAUAUAUAUAUAUAUAUAUAUAUAUAUAGUUUAUAUCGUAUUGUACUUUAACGUUCAUUGCAUAUCUUAGGAAAAAGUGACAUUAUGUAAUUAAUGUAAAUUAGGGAAAAAAAAAAGGAAAAUGGAAGAAGCGUGGCGUUAAUUUAUUAGUUAAAAACUCGAUAAGAGUAAAAUAUUUGAUUUGUUGCUUGAUUAACGAUUGUUGAUUUUGCGUAUAUAUUGUUGUACGCGAGAUUCGCAAACAAUUAAUCGAGAAAGAAAGAUGUAGCAAAUGCUCUUUACUCGUUUCGUGGAGUAUAAAUAAAUUAUGUAAAUGUAAUUUACGAAAAAAUGUAGAAUAAUAUAUCAUAUAAUACAAUUCUAUACACAGAAUAGAUAUUUUUAUGCAAUUCAGAUAUUUACUCGAAAUUGAAAUACAUUAUAUGCAUUUGCUGCAUUUUGUCUGCAUCUCUUUUAACACGAUUCAUUGAAAAACAUUAAUACGUAUUCGUUUCGAACUUUAUAUAUGCGAGCAUAUGUGAUAAGAAAGCGAAUGGGAAAGAAUAAGAGAAAAUGCUCAAUUAUGAAUCUUUACCGAUAUUUAAAAAAACGGUCAGUUUCCUAGAUCUUAUAGAUAUAUACAUAUUAUCUCUUGUUCUUUCUAAGUAUUUAUGUCUCCGGCGCAUAAAUUGUGUGUCCUGAGCUCUAUUAUGGUGCUGCGAUCUUUGUAAUUUAUUUUAUAAUAGUUAUAUCUCGAUAGUAUGAAAAAAGCAGUAUUGGGGAUAUGUCUAAAACAAAGUGACUCUCUGCGACACUUUGUUUAGGAUUUUUGGAAAAUUAUUGGAAAUGCUGAGAAAUCGAUUGACGGUUAUUUCAGUUCAGACACAUAACGUAGAAAAUAAAUGACAUUAAAGUACGAUA